CGGAAGUGGGGUCUGAGUCCCUGGCGCGACGUAGGGGGGACUAGUGGCGGCCGCUGGGGUGGUUUUGUCCCCGUGCCUGGCGCUGGCGGCCGUGGCGCAAGGGGUGGCGGUGCCGACUCCGUUUUCCCUGGAAUCUUCGGCUCUGCGGAGAGGCCCGCGCUUGCCAAGGCCGAGGGGCCGGGGUGAACGUGGGUCCCGUGGGCCAGCGGCUGCUGCGUUAGGGUAAGGAAGGAAUUUAAACCUCUCAGAAGUGUAUGGUAGAACUCAAGAAGACUACAGACAACCAAGGGUGAUCUAGAAUUGUGAUUGGCUCACUAAUAAUACCAGGACAAAGUUAAGAGAUCACAACUCAAGGAUAAGUUUUCCUAAGACUGCUACGAAGAUGUUUGAUAUUAAGGCUUGGGCUGAGUAUGUUGUGGAAUGGGCUGCAACGGACCCUUAUGGCUUUCUUACAACAGUUAUUUUGGCCCUAACUCCACUGUUCCUAGCAAGUGCUGUACUGUCUUGGAAGUUGGCCAAGAUGAUUGAGGCCAGAGAGAAGGAGCAAAAGAAGAAACAAAAACGUCAAGAAAAUAUUGCAAAAGCUAAACGACUGAAAAAGGAUUGAAGGAAUAAACAGGCUCUCCAACCAGAGGAAAAUCAUUUGGAAGAUUAUGCAGCUUUGGAAGGACUUACUAAGGUUUCUUUUUUGUAUUUCUUGACAGUAUUAUUUAGUAAAGGAAAUUUGACCAAAUGGAAGAAUCAUGCUAAUUCUGACCUCAAUAUUGUAGUUACUUUUAGGCUUGGGUAUAGAAAUUUUUGUUGGUAUCUAUUGACAGUUAUUGUAAAUUGGCUUUUACUAUGGUACAAAUUCUUUAUAAUUGACUUAGUCAUUUGCCAUUUAGCAGUUUACAUGCUGAAAUGAAAACAUCCUGUGGAGAAAAAUGACUUUAGAUUAUGAACAUUUCAAAUAAGCUAUUUAAAAUGGGGUCCUUUACUGGACAAAGGAAAUUAAGAAUGUAAAAGUCAGAAAUGGACUCUCUGAGGUGAAAAGUAUGCUUUGGCUUAAAAGAGAUACAGUAUAUUAAUCACAUCUUUUAUCAUUAUUGCUUAUUUCUUAGAAUCAUUUUUGGCUUUCUCAAAGCAAAAUAAUGUUUAAUCAAUGAGUAUUUCUAUUUUCUGCAUUAUUCUGAUAUUAGUCUUUGAGACAACUGGUAAUUAACAAGACAUUCUGCAUUUUUUAAAUCUAAUUUUAUAAAGAAUUCUUUUAUCUUAACUAUGUAUAAUACCACCUACUGGAUAUAACAAUUUUUGUACUUAGUGAACACUGCCAUUUUCUUAUAGAUGACUUGAGAAAAGUAAUACUAUGAUUUAUAGCUUGCAAUAAAAAUGCCAAACACUGUAGUACUUUGGAACCAGUUUAUUCUUGUGCUAAGUAGAACUGUGUAAUAGUUAAAACAUCUUAUCAGGUAAUUUGCUUAUUAUAUAGACCCUUUGUUUUUUAUUCCAUUCUUUGUUUUAACUUUUAUGGUAAUGAUGUCCAAUAUUUUUUUGUCAAACAGGCUCAAAGGGAAAAUUAAAAUUUCACAUUUCUUUUGAAGAACUCUUAAAGAGUAACAGUUAAGUUAUACCUCAUAAGUGGUAAAGAAAGGCUUAAAAUUUGGAAACACUUUGUUGGGCAUAGUAACUGGGUGAAGAGAAUAAAUUACGUCAAUGAGACUAUGCUAUAAUUAGAAGUAAAGAGUUAAAGUAUGUUUCUGUCAGUUAAGUAGUAUAACUGGACCUUUUCACUAUUAAACAUCACUUUUUUAAGUGCAAGAUCCAAUAAUUUUAUUCAUUGACUCAGUGUUUAAUAGCUUAUUAAUGUUUUCUGCACUUCUGAUAAUGAAUAAUAAAUUAUAAAAAUUAUCCAACAGCUCUAAUUUAAAAAUGAAACUAGAUAUUAAAAUAAAUUUCAUACUUUUUUGUAAAGAGGUCCUGAGUUUUUGGUUUUCUUUUUGGAGAGGGUAACAAUUUAAGUUAGAUAUGUAAGGCAAGUUAGCAUUUCAAUCAUAGCUAAGCAUCCUUGUAAAAGUUUAGGAUAGUGUUUCUCAAAUUUGAGAACCUAAGGACCCCUGAGAAUAAAACAUAAUGCUAUUAUUUUAGGUUAUCUAUCAGUUCCUACUUGCUGCCAGUGUGAGCAACAUAUUGCAACUGUAGGCACUGAAAUAACUCAGUGCUUAGUUAUGAGUUGGUUAUUCAGGUGACUUAGGAUAUACUUUUUAUAUCAUCACUGAAAUUAAAACUGUAAAAAAUACUUGUAUAGAACUACUAGCCCCAAUGGGUCCUAGAGCCCAGUUUGAGAAAAACUAGGUUAAGGUAUAUCUAAAAUAUGUUUGGUUGGUUUUCUACAAUCAAGCUGUUAAUGGGGAAAAUUUAUAUAUAUAUAUAUGUUUUACUUAUGGUCACAUUUUAGAAUAAAAGUAUUGAAGCAAAGGAUAUAGUCAUAAUUCUCAGUUAUGUACUAAAGCUGUGGUUUCACUGAUUCUCUUGCAGCAAUUUAAAGGUAUUUAACUAAAAGUCUGUUUUCUGUAAUUUCUGUUAAAGUCUUAACACAUGCCAAUUGUGUAUUUGUUUAACAUAUGCUAUUUUUUAUUUCUUCAGUUUUUCCCAACAUUUAUAGAGGCUUUUUAUACAUGUGAGAUCAAAAUUUUAUUAUAUUUGUGUCUGUUGGGGAGUGGGUGGGCGGAGGGAGUAGAAAAGAAAGAAUAUUGUGAGGUUUGGAAAUCUUCAGAAAAAUCCAUCUUCUCUCAGUGUAACAAACAGUACUAUUGUUGAAAGAAUCCCAUUUACUACUAUUUAGAAUAUUUCUUUUUAAAAAAUUGCCUGCCUAUUUAAUUAUGUUGUUUCUUAAGUUCUGAGAACUAAAUACAAUCAAUUACCUUUUCAUAGUUGUUUUUGGGGGGAAAUGAAGCUGUCUCCAGGCUGCCUAUAACAAACAUUUUAUCAAAAAUAAAUAAAUAAAUAGAGGUUUAUGUGUCAGAAUUUGAGCCCUAGCGUCCAUGUGAUAAACUUCAGCAUGGUAUGACUAUAUCAGAUGUAUAAGGAAAUUUUUUACUUUUAUUUCUUUAUAAUAAACUUGAAAUAAGCUUA